AUGGUCACUUGUAGUAAAAGUGGUAUUUUUAAACCUCGCACUCCGCUUUGUCUUCACUCCGAUACCACUAUCUCUACUUUACCAUUGUCUCAUGUGCAGGCUCUUAAAGAUCCUAACUGGACUCCGGCCGUAAUUGAAGAGUAUGAUGCUCUUAUUAAACGUAAAACGUGGAAACUUGUUCCACGGCCCAAAGCUACUAAUAUUAUUCGAUGUAUGUGGUUAUUUAGGCACAAAUUUAAGGAGGAUGGAACCCUGGCUCGGUAUAAGGUGCGGCUUGUCGCCAACGGCAAAUCUCAACAGCUAGGCAUCGACUGUGACGAAACAUUCAAUCAUGUGGUCAAGUCGGCUACCAUUCGUGCUGUUCUUAGUGUUGCCACCUCCCGUGAUUGGCCACUGCAUCAACUGGACGUGAAGAACGAAUUUCUUCACGGUGACCUUGAAGAGACCGUCUAUAUGCACCAGCCACAUGGUUUCGUUGAUCCUGCGAAGCUUGAUCAUGUGUGUCUUCUCCAGCGGUCUCUAUAUGGUGUGAAACAAGCCCCCCGCGCAUGGUACACUCGUUUUGCCACGUUUGCACGGACCAUCGGCUUCACCCAGAGUAAGUCGGAUGCUUCGCUCUUCAUCCUACGCCGUGGCUCUGACUGUGCGUACCUGUUGCUUUAUGUGGACGACAUAGUCCUUACAGCUUCAACUUCUCAUCUCCUAUAG